AUGGCUACUGCAAGAAUUCCAUUCUCUAAUGUUAGUUAAGUGAAUAAAGGGGAGAAAUAGGCUGCCGCACUCGGGGAGAAAGUUGAAAAGAUUGGAAAUACAGAAAAGUAAGUUCCACCUACAAAUACAGAAAUUAACAAUGUGAAAGGUUCUUUAGAUGAGUUGUAAUUUGAGAACAUGGACAAGCAGACACUUAUACAAUAGCUAAAAUUGCACAAGUUGAUCUUGAAGCAUUGUUUUGAUGAAAAUGACAUUCUGAGAGAAAGAAUAGCUGCAAUUGAAGCAUAAUUCAGUAAUUUGUAAGAUGAAAUUGAACUAAGAGACAAUGUCAUACUAGAACUAAGUGAGAAGAUCGAAUAGAAGGAAAAAGAAUGAUUUAUUUUUUGUUAUUAUUUUUGUAAACCCUUUAAUGAAUUAUAAAAA